UUAGUGGCAACGCUGGCCAGGCUAGUCCAGCACGAGCUAAUUUUUUUUUAAAAUUGUGAUAUUAUUCACUAGCUAUGGGAAAAAAUCGAACGCCUUUUAAAAGACAACGAUGGCGUCCACAACAGCGUGGUACUCCAUCAUCAAACUCGAAUAAAAAUAUUGACUAUGGCAAUAGGAGGAUCGAAGUCGGUGGUGCCGGCUGGCAAAGUUUGCGUGAGGAUCAAGCGGGAAUAACUGAGUAUGUGAACAAAAUAGCAGGAUUCACCGGGGUUGUGAAAUCGCGAUUCUCAGAUUUUCAAGUAAAUGAAAUCGAUGCAAACGGAAAGGUUUUGCAAAUCACCGACUUAACGACACCCCAAGCGCUGGUGGAAACCCUUGAUGAAACUGAAUUAGCUGCUGCGCGUGAGAGGUUCAAAGAAGUUAUAACAACAGAGGUGUGGGAAAAGAUUGGCGUAUUAGCAGCAAUGAAAGCGAACAAUCCAGCAGCUCAGCCCAUAGAUAUCAAUGUAUCGUCUUUGGAUAAAGAAAAACGAACGCAGGUACAUAACAUAUUAAAGCAGUUAUAUGGACAAAAACUAGUGAGUUCAACAAUUAGCCCCACGGAUUCCACAGACGAGCGUUUUGUAAGAAUAAUGAAGCCCAAAGGAAAACCAAGUGAGAAGCGCAAACGGUGGACAUUUCCAGGCGAAUAUGUACACUUUUUGGUAUACAAGGAAAAUAUGGAAACAACCGAGGCGGCUUCAAGAUUAGCAUCACGUUUGAGUAUGCAUCCGUCUCAUGUUAAUUAUUGUGGCACCAAAGAUAAGCGCGCCAAGACAACGCAGAAGUUUUGCAUAAAACGUCGCGAGCCUUCGCAAAUUUUGACCGCUGCUAAAGUGUCCAAAAUUAAAGUCGGCAAUUUUGAGUUCAGUAACGAAGUGGUCAAGUUGGGUGACUUACAGGGAAAUCGAUUUAGAAUAGCCCUGCGCCAUGUCAAUGGAGAUGAAAAGGAAAUCGAGAAGGCUCUGGAAGGCCUGCGGGAAAACGGAUUUAUUAAUUAUUUCGGUUUGCAGAGAUUUGGUAAUCAUCCUGAUAUACCCACAUAUGAAAUUGGAGUUGCACUUUUAAAAUCGGAUUAUAAAACGGUCGCUGAACUGAUUUUAAAACCUCGAGAACAUGACCUUCCUUUCAUGGAUAAUAUAAGACGGAGGUGGUGGGAAGAACGUAACUCAGCCGCAGCAGCCGCUAAUUUAAAUUCUAAUGAUUCUAUCGAAAAAAAGUUACUAGUUGGACUAGCGACUUAUGGCGAAAAUGAUUACUCGGCGGCAUUAAGAAAGAUACCACGCAACAUGUUACUUCUUUAUACGCAUGCAUUUCAAAGUCUGGUAUUCAAUCGCAUUGCAUCGCGCCGCAUUCGAGAAUUUGGAUUGAAGUUAAUACCAGGUGAUUUGGUAUAUCGAAAUAAAGAAGAAAUGGAUGACGAUAUUGUUGAAGAAACUAUAUUAGAGGAUAUGGUCGAAAAUGAAGAGGGGAAUGAGGCCAAGGAAGAGAAUGUCCCCAUACCAAAUAGUAACGAGAAAAAUGAAGCGGCUACAGAUGAAGCAGCGGGUUCCAAGUUUAAGAGAAAAGUUAAGGCAUUAAGCGCAGGUGAAAUUGAGUGUGGGGGUUACACAAUUUUUGAUAUUGUUUUACCUUUGCCUGGAUAUGAUAUCACUUACCCGGACAAUGAAGUGAAAACCUGGUAUGAAGAAAUACUAGAAGAGUACGGGCUCUCAUCCGAGACAUUGCGUCACAGUGUGAAAACAUAUGCCUUGGCUGGCGCUUACCGAAAACUGUUGAUCCAUCCCAGAGGUUUAACAUGGAAAUUUCGAAAGUACUCCUCUGCAGAGGAAUCACUCAUAGUAUCCGAUUGGGACGUUGUUACUGGUAGAUAUGAACCCAUUCAAGAGGAUUGUGAAGUAGGCGACUUUAAGGCUCUGCUGUUAGAUUUCUGUUUGCCUCGAUCUGCAUACGCUACAAUGUUUCUGAGAGAGCUACUGAAAUCGGACACUUCUGCUGCACAUCAAAUGAAAAUAGAACUAGACGAACAAAAUAAAAAUAAGAACAGCGAACAAUCAAGGGUAAAUGAAGAUGGUGGCGAAGAAGAAAUAUUAUGUGACGCGAGUGACCAGGAUUCCUCCCAAAAGCGAAAGUGUGAGUCCGAAAAAUCUGAAGAGGUCGAGGAAAAAAAAUCCAAGUCUGAUGGAUGAUAAAUAACAUAUUGCAACACAUAUGAUUAUUCAUCUAUUUUAAAUCAGCGAUUGCAUGUAUCUUUUUUAUAGUUAUCAUAAAAAAUAAAAAGCAAAAAUCUAACAAUUUA